CUUAUUUUAUUCCAUUUUUGUUUGGCUUAUGUAUAACAUUAAAAAUUUUUUGUAUAAAGCUUGAAAAUUUAUUGAAACAAAUAUAAAAAGGUUCGAAUAAUAAAAUAAAAUUUUUUAAUUAAAAAAAAAGAAGAAAAUGUGCGAACCAGGUAUACCGUGUUGUGCCCCAUGCGAUCCUUGCUCAGGACCAUACGAGCCUUCUCCCCAAUGUUAUUCGGGAGCAGAAUUAGAAGCCCUACCACAAUGUGCUCCAAGACCUCCACCACCACUACCAAAAUGCGUGACAAUCCAACAGCCUCCACGUUUAAUUUGCAAAAAAAAAGUCGUAUUCAAUCAGAAAAUCGUCCCCGAACCAAUGGUUGUAAAUCGAUGUCGCCAAAUCACUAUUCCCAAAGUUGUUGAUGUUACACGAGUGAUAAAAGUACCAAAGCUAACUUGGGUCUCACAAUUGAUACGCGAACCACGGGUCAUCUAUUAUCCAUCGAUGAUUCCUGACCCGUAUGUUGUUUGCUAUCCAAAGAGAAUUUGUGAACCACGUGAAAUUUGCCAAACUUUCCUCUGCCAACCGAAACCGCAAGUUAUUGAUAUUCCACCACCUCGGGAAUAUUGUUGCUACCAAAACGGACCUAUUCGUUAUAAACCAAGUCAGCCUUGUCCACCGAAUCCAAUAGCAACUAACUGUGGACCUUUGCCUUGUUUUACAAAUGGACGUUAUCCAGUUUGUGAGCCUUGUGGACCAUGUGGACCUACGUCGUGUGGGCCUUAUCCACCAUGUGGACCGCCGCCUUGUGGACCAUGUGGGCCAUGUGGACCUAGUCCAUGUGGGCCAUGUGGACCUAGUCCAUGUGGGCCUUGUGGAGUUCCUAUGCCAAAUGGGCCAAUUAUGACAAAAUGUGGACCGUGUGGUCCUUGUGGUCCUUGUGGACCGUGUGGCCCAUGCGGACCAUGUGUACCCGGUGCACCUUACAUGGCAUGCUAACAGUUAAAAUUUAGUAUUUUCCACUUAAUAAAAGUUUCAAAAUUAUUAAUAAAAUACAUUUUUUAGAUAAAAUUUAAUACUAAAACAAAA